GUUUUGGUCAAACUUUUCUUCGCCAUGUUUCACUCGUCAGUGCGCAUGAGGCGGAAAUGCACCUGAACCAGAGUGAGCCCUACUCAUUCUAAGGCUGUUGUCCUUCAAGAGCAGCGUCUGAAACAUGGAUGACCCUUUAAAGGUUGACUGAUUCCAGCUGACACCUUCAUAACUAUGCUGCGAGUCUUGCAAGGCCCGAUGGCCACAGUAGCCACCAACAACCCACCGAAAUCCUCAACCUAAUUCAGGGAAUGAUCAAACCAUCCUUUCUACGACACCCAUCAAGAGACCUCUUACAUACAGGACAGCAGAUAUCCCAAAUCCAAUGGCAUGGGCCAAGUUCUUCAGGAGACCAGGAGGCAAUCUUGGCAGGUCUUACCAGCCAGGAUCUAUGCUAUCCUUGGCCCCAACCAAGGGACUACUAAAUGAGCCGGGACAGAACAGCUGCUUCCUCAACAGUGCAGUGCAGGUUCUUUGGCAUCUCGACAUCUUCAGACGAAGUCUGCGUCAGAUUCCAAACCACUAUUGCUUGGGCGACUCCUGCAUCUUUUGUGCUUUGAAGGGAAUAUUCUGUCAGUUCCAGCACAGUCGAGAGCGAGCGUUACCCUCAGAUAACCUACGUAAUGCCCUAGCCGAAACCUUUAAGGAUGAGCACCGCUUUCAGUUAGGAUUCAUGGAUGAUGCUGCUGAGUGCUUCGAGAACAUUCUAGAGAGGAUUCACCAGCACAUCGCUCCCGAUGCAGAGAUCGACGCCUGCACAUCUAAGUCCUGCAUCACUCACCAGAAGUUUGCCAUGGCACUUUAUGAACAGUCUGUGUGCAGGAGCUGUGGUGCGUCGUCCGACCCGCUACCCUUCACUGAGCUUGUGCACUAUGUGUCCACCACAGCCCUCUGCCAGCAAGUCUUGGAGAGGAGAGAUGAAAGGUUUGGGGAGUUGCUUCAAGCCGCCAGCACAGUUGGAGAUCUGCGUAACUGUCCGAGUAACUGUGGGCAGAGAAUCAAGAUCCGGCGCGUGCUGAUGAACUCUCCAGAAAUCGUGACCAUCGGAUUUGUGUGGGACUCAGAACAUUCAGACCUCACCGAAGACGUCAUCCGAUCUCUUGGACCACACCUCAACCUCUCAGGGCUCUUUUAUCGCGUCACAGACGAGCGUGCAAAGAAGAGCGAGCUGCUAUUGGUGGGAAUGAUCUGUUACUCCAGCAGACAUUACUGUGCCUUUGCCUACCACACCAAAUCAUCCAAAUGGGUUUUCUUUGAUGACGCCAAUGUCAAAGAGGUGGGAUCCAGAUGGAAGGAUGUGGUCACUAAAUGCAUCAAAGGUCACUUCCAGCCCUUGCUCUUGUUUUACUCUAACCCUGAAGGCAGUGCUGUGGUAACAGACGAGGCCCAGCGGUCCAACAGCAAUAGCACCCAAAAUAAGAGCUCAGUCAAUGGAGAAGCACCAGGUACUCCUAUACAGGGUGGAAAGAAGUUGGAGUUGACACGAGAGAACUUGACUGCUUUCUUCUCAAAUCAAGGUACUUCGAAGCAGAAGUCUCAGCCUCCGUCUGUGCUCAGUCGUGGCAGUAACCAGACCAGCAGCGGCAGAGGGCCAGUCAAGAUUAACUUUGAUCCGAUUCGGAGUCGAUUCAGGGAGCUGCCGAAAGAAGGUCGUCCCAUCAACCUUAUCAAGAAGGACUCGGAUCGGUCGCAGACGAGACCAGAAACACUGAGGCACCGGGUAACCUUUGCUUUAUUCAAAACUUGUUGUUUAUUCACAAUGUUUAUUCACACUGCACCUGUUGUGUGUUUCUCCUCCCCAGACAAGCCUCAUUCCCGCUCGCUGUCACCUCCGGAGAACGGCUUCAAGCACCUGGAGUCAUGGCUCUACAGCAGCCAGGGCAGGGGUCCGGCGAAAGCCGAGCACUGGCCUGUUACUUACACACACUACAACCAUGAGCCCCGCUCUCAGUCCCAGCCUCGCGUCCCGCUUCAUCCCCCUGUAGUGGGCCGCUCUCGGAGGCUGGAUGUGGCCAACGGCUACGAUACGUACAGCAGCCAGGACUCCCGGACGCACGGAAACCCUCGCAGCCGGCCCAAUCGAGCGUGGAGGCCGACACGAGAGGCGCUUAACGUGGACAGCAUCCUAAAGAGCGAUAAUAAUCAAAACUCUCCCAGACAGACCUUUAAUCAGGACGGCGAAGAGUCGGCGUGGGGCCGACGAGAAGAACGCAAUCCCAAGAGCUUAAUGACGAUUUACGAGGACGAGCAGCAGCAGGACAUGGGCAGCAGGAGCUCGCUGGAUUCAGAGGACAGGGUUAAAUCAAGCGUCACUAACCUCACCAUUCGGACGGAUAACUGGAAAAUCCAUCGCACUGAAUCUGGAUACGAGAGCAGUGACCGUCUCAGCAACAGCUCGGCAAACCUGGACUCUCCUGUGAUGGAGAACCUGAGCAACAAAGACAUGCAAUCCAUACCAGAGACAGACCUCUCCAGGGAGCCUAACUACCAAAGGAGGUGUGAGGAUUCACAGGCCGAGAUCCCGCCUUCGUCCAUUAUCUACAGUGAACCGCAAAAGAAAGCAAACGAUCGUUCCUUGAGUCCUGUUAUUCCAAGAAGACAAGCUUUUCAACACAACUCUGCUAAGGAGAGGAUGGAGAAGACUGAGGCAGAACGAGCUCGUGCCAUAAACGGGAACCCCGUCUCUCCUCAUUUCACCAAGACCAGCAGUUCAGAGUGGAACAGCACGGACGAUCUCGCCGGGCCCUUGUCUGAGCUGGAGGAUUCAUCAUCACCUCAGGUUCCCUUCAGGACUCUGUCUCACACCGCAGCUCCUCCAGUGCCUCCCAAACCUCACGGUCUGAGCUCAGAGACCCGGCGACGAGAUCCCCGUCCACCCAGCCCUCAGCGGCUUCCUCGAAACGGCUCGGCUCUGUCCCAAACCGUCCUGCAGAAGUGGCUGGAGAACUCGGACACGAGCUCCAAGUCUGGCUCCUCGGAUCCGGAGAGGAACGAUCUGUCCACGAGUGAAGGUGAGGAGUUCUCCAAACCUGCGGCCGGCUCUUCUGUCAUCCCCAGCACAUACUUCUCCGUGGACAGCUGCAUGACGGACACGUACCGUGCCAAGUACCAUAAAAAGAGACCCGCUCUGCACGUUAUGGCAGACUCUAGAGCCGGAGAUCACACCUCGUCUGGUGAAAGUGAUUACGGGGAAAGACCAUCACCGGCUCCUUCAGAAACACACAGCAGAGCCCCAGCGCUGCCAGUUCGUGCCUCCAGUAAUAAACCCACUGCUAGAUGGAACGCAGUUUCAGCGAAAGGACUGGAUGAACACGGCUUCCUCUGACAGUGGACCUCGUCCCAAACAAUCAAAGCUCAGUGGCUUUCACUAACACUGUGUUGUGUUGUGU